CGCCGCACGGUCUCUCUCGCUCUGUUUCCGGGGCAACGGACAGCGGGCGGGAUGAGCUGUGAGUUUCCGGGCCGGGCCGGGUCCGGUCGGGCGCGGGUUUAGGAGCCGUUGCUGUGGACGGAGAGACGGAGAUUGGAGCGGCCAUUGAGGGAGGCCAGCGUGCCGGUGAGCCCAUCAUCUGCCCGGAGCGUGGGCUGAGCUUCAGUGGAGGACUACAUGGCGGGGCACAACAAGGAGAAGCGUUAUGAGUGCAACGUGUGUGGCAAGGCCUGCCAGUGCCCGAGCGAGCUGGAGACCCACCAGCGUGUUCACUCGGGAGAACGCCCCUUCGACUGCUCGGAGUGCGAAAAGAGUUUCAAGACGGGGAGUGACCUGAAGGCCCACCGGCAAGUGCAUACGGGCGAGAAGCCCUAUGGCUGCUCCACCUGCGGCAAGAGCUUUACCAGGUUGUCGGGGCUGCGGGAGCACCAGCGGGUGCACAGCAGUGAGCGGCCCUUUACUUGCUCCGACUGCAGUAAAGGCUUCAACGGUGAGCGCCCCUACACCUGUACCCAGUGCGGCCAGGGCUUCACCCGCUCCGACAACCUGCUGAUGCACCAGCGCACCCACACCGGCGAGCGCCCCUACACCUGCGCCCAGUGCGGCAAGGGCUUCAUUCAAUCCAGCGGCCUGCUGAAACACCAGCGUACCCACACCGGCGCGCGCCCCUACACCUGCGCGCAGUGCGGCAAAGGCUUCAACCACUCCAGCAGCCUGCUGGUGCACCAGCACACACACACCGGCGAGCGCCCCUACAUCUGUGCCCAGUGCGGCAAGGGCUUCACCAGAUCCAGCAGGUUGCUGCAGCACCAACUCACCCACUCUGACGAACGCCCCUACACCUGCACCUUGUGCGGCAAGGGGUUCAACCGCUCCACCAGGCUGCUGUCCCACCAGCGGGUGCACGCCGGCAUCCGAACCGUCCCCAGCCCGAUGUGUGCAGAGCGCUUUGCCAUGACCUCCCACGCCCUAUCUCACAAGCAGGUGCACACCAGUGGCCAGCCUUACGACUGCCCGUACUGUGGUGAGGCAUUUGACAGUUCGCGGGGGUUGCAGCAGCACCGGCGGGCCCACGCUGGCGAGCAGCUGCUCCCACUGUGACAAGAGAGCAUGGGGGCUGCGGGAGCACCAACGGAUGCACAACAGAGAGAAACCCUAGGUGUG